CCUAACCUAAAAUUGUGCCUACAAUAUAUAUAGUUAACAAAAAUUAUAAAUUGUUUUGCCGAUGCUUUCAUCAUAUUACUGUAUAUCUUUUAUUUUGUUUAAGAGAAAAGAAAUCAAGUUUUGUCUUGCGCCAGAACUUAUCCUGUAACGACAUUUGCUUAUAAUUAAAUAAGUGAAAAAUGUAUCAGAAUAAUCCUCGAUUUAGACAUUGGUCUCCUCAGUUUAGACCACGGGGACAGUUUUUACGACGUAAUUAUACACCAAAUCACUUUAGAUAUACAGGACCACAAGUACAAAAUAACUAUGAAUUCUGGUGUGAAACUUGUGACAAAGGAUUUCAGACUCUAAACAUUUUAGAGAAUCAUAAAUCACAACAUCAAAAAUGUAACAUAGAUGGAUGUCAAUUUGUGGCCCACCCUAAAAUCAUAACAAAGCACAUCCAAAUGCAACAUUCUACAGGAUUAUAUAAAAAAAUAUCAAAGUUAAAUAAUCCUGAGGAAAUCCGAAAAUGGAGGGAGGAAAGAAAAUUGAAGUAUCCAACAAAGAAAAACAUAGAAAAGAAAGCAGCGGAAUUAAAAGAAAAAAUAGAAAGAGGUGAAAAAAUGGGCAUGAAUUAUCAGAAGCACCAUAAACAUAGGAAACCAGAAUUAUAUUCAAGAAAUCAACACAAUCAUGCCAUGACGAAAGGGAGGGAAAAAUUCCAAGGAAGACAUAAAAAUAACAAAUUUAAAAAUGAAACUGCCUCAUUUCAUAAGAAACCACAAGCUGCAAAAAAGGUUUGCAGGACAAUACCAAAACCUGAUAAUACACAAAAACUUAAUCCUUUUGCUGGAAUACAACACAUUAUUAUAGAAGACAAUCAUGAUGAAGAAAUUGACGAAUCACUUCAAAACUCCUUGAUUGAAGAUGAUGAUGUUUAUGCUGAAGAGGGAAUAAAUAAUGUAAAUGAAAAAUCACAAUUAGAACCUUCAGUAUGUGGAGCUUUGUCAAGUCUUAUGAAUGAAUAUGGAUCUUCAGAUGAAGAUGUUAGCACUGCUGUAGAUAAAUCUAUCAAUGGUUUGGUAAAACAUCAGGUAGAGUUGACCAAGACCACAACAGAAAUCAAAAAAGAAACAAUAGAGAAGAAACUGCCUAUAACUGCAGAUGUAAAUAAUAAAUGUAAAAGUGAUGAGGACAGUGGCCCUGAAGAAACAGUUAUUACUAAAUCUACGACUGAUCACAAUGUUGAAGAAAAUAGUAGCAAUAAUUUGAAACCAAAAUUAGAGAAAAGGCCGAGGAGUCCACCAAAUAUAAAACAUUAUAAAAGACCAAAAUAUCUGUUGCCUUCCACUUUGCUUGUUAAACUGUUAAGUAGAGAAAUAGAACAAGAACGCAACAUAAUACUUCAAUGUGUCAGACAUACUGUAAAAAAUAACUAUUUUGAUAAUACCAAAGACUGAAUUGUAUUAUAACAUUGUAAAUAUAAU